GGGGAGACGCUGAAGUCCUAAGAAUAAGACUUGGUCCUCGCUCUUUUUCUCGGCAGUUCAGUUCCUUGUGAGACAGGGUACUGCUGCAACUAUCAGAGUUGUUAAACGUACUGUAGUAUUGAUAGUUUGUCUUGGAUAUAGUAUAAGCAGCCACGAAAGUACGAAAACAUGGCAACGGAGAAGCAGAGUCCGUUCCUGUCCGGUGGACCGACCCGUCGGGACCGUCUCCCCGUGUUGGUCGGGCCGCUGGUCGGCGUCCUGGCCGCCCUGGUGUGCGGGAUCAGCGUGCUGACGGGGGUGGUGGUGGUGCACAACAUGCAGCAGGAGCUGACAGGUGUGAGGCGGGAGUUAUCAGUCCUGCAGACCGAGAAUACCGGACUGAGGGAUCUGCAGCAGGAGCUGACAGGUGUGAGGCGGGAGUUAUCAGUCCUGCAGACCGAGAAUACCGGACUGAGGGAUCUGCAGCAGGAGCUGACAGGUGUGAGGCGGGAGUUAUCAAUCCUGCAGACCGAGAAUACCGGACUGAGGGGUCUGCAGCAGGAGCUGACAGGUGUGAGGCGGGAGUUAUCAGUCCUGCAGACCGAGAAUACCGGACUGAGGGGUCUGCAGCAGGAGCUGACAGGUGUGAGGCGGGAGUUAUCAGUCCUGCAGACCGAGAAUACCGGACUGAGGGGUCUGCAGCAGGAGCUGACAGGUGUGAGGCGGGAGUUAUCAGUCCUGCAGACCGAGAAUACCGGACUGAGGGGUCUGCAGCAGGAGCUGACCACCGCUAGAGAGCGACUGGCUGUCCUAGAAAACCUCCAAGGCUUCGCUGGCGAGGAUCAGGCCGUUGAUCUGUCUGAAAACGACGGUUUGAUGACGCCUGACGACAGGGACCAUGGUUCCGUGCGAGUGAAGAGACAGGGAGGGAGUUGCCCACAGGGACCGCCUGGUCCCGCGGGACGGGACGGACGGGACGGAGUCCAAGGCCCUGCCGGACCGACCGGGCCUGUCGGCCUACAGGGUCCAGCCGGGAACAAGGGAGACACGGGGCCACCGGGAAGAGACGGAGGAAGUGUGUACACCCGAUGGGGGAGGAAGACUUGUGCUGGUAACAGCGGAGCAGAGCUGGUGUAUUCGGGUGUGGCAGGCGGUACAGCAUACAGUCAUCCAGGUGGCGGGACCAACUACCAGUGUCUGCCCACCAACCCACAGUGGGGGAGGUACCAAGAUGGAGUCCAAGGGUCGAGCUUUAUGUACGGAGCAGAGUACGAAUUGAGCACAAACUACCCAUUCGGCUCCAGAUCCCUUCACGACGACAACGUCCCGUGUGCGGUCUGCUACGUGCCAACCCGCGGCAGUAAGUUGAUGAUCCCCGCCCGUAACACCUGCCCCACCGGCUGGACCCAGGAGUACGAUGGGUACCUCAUGGCUGGUUACUACAACCACCCCGGUGCUAAAGAUUUUGUCUGUGUGGAUGAACAGCCUGAGGCCGUACAGGGCGGACACGCCAACCAUAACGGGGCGCUGAUGUACCCCGUGGAAGCCCGCUGUGGGUCCCUGCCGUGUCCUAACUACGUGGAAGGGAGGGAGCUCACCUGUGUCGUCUGCACGAAGUAGCAGAACCUCCUCCUACGCGCAUACCGUUUCUUUUUCUUGUGCUAAAACCGCAAUUAAUUCUUACAAAGCUCGUUUUGUGAUUACAAUUCUAUGAAAGUACAUGAACUUACAUGCAAUGUCAGAAAGUACAUGUAAUACACACAUAGAUGUAUCAAUGCGUCAACAAAAUUGAUUCCCUAAAAGGUGAAUUCUUUCAAAUCAUUGUGAAAGAUUUUUGAUAUUUCCAGCAAUGACACAUUGUGUUUAUAGGUUUAAGAGAGUCAUAGAAAGAUCUCCAUAUGCAGUGGCUGAAUGUAUCUUGGAAUAUGAAGAUAAUAAAAUGAAGUGUUUCAGUCCA